GAGGCACAAUACUAUACCACCACCGAGACCACUUAAAACACAAAGGGUCUACUUUUUGCGCCACUAGCUGAUUUUUUAGCAAAAAAAAAUAUAUUUAUUGUUGUUAUUUAAUUAAAUAAAUUGAUCAAAGGGUCACCCCUUAAAAGAAUGUCUACAUGUACACGUAGCUUAACUGAAAUACACAAUAUCAAGAAAUAACAAAUAGUGUGGUGACAAAAUAUUUGAAACAAAACAAAAAAAAUGAAAACCACAUACAUUUAGCCAUGGUUUGAUAUCAUUGGAAAAGAUUUGUUUUUGGUAGUAAAGAGUGUGUGGUGAGAGAGAGAGAAGCAGGGAUUAUUGGCAAUGGACACUGCCAUUUGCGGUCGACUCGCUCCUUCCCCUCUUCUUCAUUCCAAUUCAGGCGACAAAUACCUGCUUCAUAAACAAAGCACAAAAUGGAUCACCGUUAUGACAAUGGCACCACCAAGGCUCGAAAAGGGUGGUGGGGUGCUGGAUAAACCAGUUAUAGAGAAAACAACUCCCGGCCGAGAGUCAGAGUUUGACUUGAAGAAAUCUAAGAAAAUGUCCCCGCCAUAUCGGGUGAUGCUACACAACGACAACUAUAAUAAACGUGAGUACGUUGUGCAAGUGCUAAUGAAGGUUAUACCGGGAAUGACUGUUGACAACGCGGUUAAUAUUAUGCAAGAGGCACACAUCAACGGUCUGUCUGUGGUGAUUGUUUGUGGUCAGCCAGAUGCAGAGGAGCAUUGCACACAGCUUAGAGGUAACGGGCUUUUAAGCUCGAUUGAACCCGAUAGUGGAGGUUGUUGAAAGUUAAGUUAGCUUAAGCACACGGGUUUCAAGUAAUAUGAUGGGUAUCAUUUGUAAGUACUAGGAUGUAAUCAAAAGGAUGAUAUAUAAUGUCCGAUGAAAAACACGAUUAUCAGACGCUAUCGCAUUGUCGGCUAGGCCUGCAAAAGAUGUAUAGUAUACUUUGUUGCCACUCACUGUCUUUUAAUAAAUCAUGAUGUUGUAUGAAGAAAUAUAAUUUAUUUA